UGUUUGAAUGCCGCAGGUUUCUUUAGACUUGUAGCAAGAAGCUAACGAUAGCUGGAUGUUAAUGUGCAUUACAGCUAGCUAGCUACCUAGUUUCCGUUCAUUCAGACGGAUACAGCUCUAUAGGUUUAUUUUAUCGCUGUUGGUGGAUUGUGCAGCUCUGUAUGCGUGUGUGCUGUUAAUUUAAUCAAAUACAAAACAUCCUUGCAAAAUGUGACUGGUCUUCUGCUGCUAUGGCCUCUGGAGAUGACGUUGAAGAGAGAGAAUUCAGAAGUUUCCAGGGAUCCCAGGCCAGUGAAGCUCUCAAACGCAGGACUUACUGUGUGGCUGAGAAGAACAUGAGGGAGGUGGAUUAUUUUAAUAAGGAAGAAAUUAAUAAAAAGAGGUCUCCAGUCAGCAAAGCGAAACGACUGUCGUGCAAGAGGAAGACGUGUCACGUGCCGGCGAGUGCCGCGAGCCGGCGGAGGGGCUGUGACAUGGCCAACAAGGAGAAUGAGCUGACCUGUGCAGAGGCUGUGCAGGAGGUACUUUGCAGUGACCACUGCGGGCUCCCCCUGAACCCUGUACUGGGAGCCAAGAUGGACGGGCCGGCAUCCAAAUACAGCGAGUACUUCACUGAACUGUCAAAGGACCAUGAUGUAAUGACACAUGUGCUUUUUGGAAGAAACCUCAGGCUGAAUGUUGCUUUGACUCUUUGGCGAAGAAAUGCCAAUGAAUUAGUCGCAUAUCUGAUCAGAAUUCAGGACACAGGUGUGCUUGUUGACUGCUUACCUGUCAUUACAAAAAGCCUACAAGAUGACAAGCCUCUUAUAUCUAUAGGCUGUUGUGUGGACCUUCUGCCGCUAGUAAAAACUGUUCUUGCCAGUAAAUAUGAAGAGUACCUGAUAGUCGGUUUACACUGGGUUCAGUCCGUCAUUAAAAAAUGGUGGCCGGAACUAUCUGUGAAAAGCAGGAGUGCACAGGAGAGCUGUUCAGAUGACUGGAAUGUUCAAAUCAUGAGGCAGCAGCUACAGGAAUUGUGGGUACACAAACGUGAGUUGAGUUUAGUUCCAGGAACAACAGGCGAAAUAGCAAAGGGUAUAGAAUCAUAUCUGUCCCAGCUGCACUGACUCCAGGCUCAUUUCUCAGUGAGGAAGCGACCACUACAAGCGUUUGAUUCGAAUCAGAGGAUCUUCAGCCUGCUCUAACUGGCCCCAAGGCCAGAUGAACUGACACUAACCAAGGCUGCAGAUGGCGAAGAACAAUCACUGAAUUGAUGAACUGAGAAGUACAGAGGCACCUUUAUUUAAAAAUGAAGACAGUAGCAGGGCAGCAGGGAGCCUUGAACGAACUGUGAAUGACUGCUUCACAUUGAAGUGGACCGUUUUGCUUAAAAUGGCACACAUUCCACUCCAUGAGGUGCAAGAGACUGUCUGAACCCAGGCCGCUCAGUGAUGUGCCAAGCCUUUUCUCCUGGUGCUGCUCUGCCAUGCUUCUUGCGUUUGAUAUCAAUGGAUCUCCUGGAAGGGAGCGACUUUCCGCAGCAGUCUUAUUAGAGCAUGGUUUGCCUGUUCAAUAAGAAAACACUCAGCUGUAAAUUGUACAUUCCUCAACAUGCUUUUAAUCAACUAUUAAAUAAAUUUUCUUAG